AUGGGGCUCAUGAUCCUGGAGAUCCUGCAAGGGAACAGGCAACAACCAAAAACUGAGCAAGAGGAAUACUCUAACAUGUUCAAGAAGUUCUCCACUCACAAUCCGCCAACCUAUGACGGCAAGCUAGACCCCACGGAGUUCGAGGAAUGGCUCAACAACAUGGAGAAGUUGUUUGAUGCUACUCAAUGCCCUGACAAGUGGAAGGUCAACUUUGCAAUCCUUUAUCUGAAAGGACAAGCCGGUUUGUGGUGGAAAACUGCAAAGGAGAUGCAUGAUCAACCGAGUUUUGGUUUGGAAAAGUUGAAAGAAGCUAUGAGAAGACGGUUUUAUCCCCUGUCUUUACAACUACAAAUGGAGUUGGAAUUUAUCCAUCUAAAACAAAGGAGCAUAGCUAUAAAUGUCGUGAGAAAAACGAAGCUGCAAAAGGAGGUAUACGAGAAUGGGAAGAGAAAGGGGAACUCUCAGGGAAGCCAACCAAGCAAUGGUUUCAAAAGGCAUAACACAUGGAACAACAAUGGUCAGAAACAAGUACCUUAUUGCAACAAGUGUAAUAAGUUGGGCCAUCUAGCAAGAGAAUGUCGAUGGGGAAGCGAUCAAUGUUACCGUUAUGGUAAGCCAUGCCAUGUGAUUAAGGAUUGCCCUCUUGGUGAUCGUAGAGUUGGAGAUGUCACUAACCGUGUCCUAGUGAGAGAUCAAAGGGUUAUGCAGAACUCCGAUUACAGUGGCAACACAAGCAACAACAACAACAUAAACCCUCCUAGAGGACGUCCUCAAGCUGGAAGAGUGUUUAUGAUGCAAAGAGAGGAAGUUGAAGCUGAUGACAUCGUCAUUACCGGUACCUUCCCUGUCAACUCUAUACCGGCUCACGUUUUAUUUGACUCUGGAGCUUCUCAUUCAUUUAUAUCUACGUUAUUUGCUAAGAGUUUAAAAGCUAAAUCAUGUCCUGAGUUCUCAUUCAUGUCGGUCGCCCUUCCAAAUUGUGAAUCUGUUUCAUGUAAAAUCCCAUAUAGGGAUUUUCUUAUCUUCAUAAAAAAGUGUGAAUUUUUGUGGACUUAG